AUGAAAACCAACCUGGAGCUGGCGCUGGAAUGCGUCGUCAACGUCUACCACCGGUACGCGAUGCGGCACCCCAUGGACGACUACCUGAGCAAGAACGAGUUCUCCAAGCUGCUCAAGGAGACGGCCGAGCCUUUCCUGAAGAACACGGUGCCGCCCAACACCGGCACGGACAGCUACAUCCAGCAGCUCUUCACCAAAGCCGACGCCAACCACGACGGGCGCCUCAAGUUCACCGAGUUCCUGACCACGCUGAGCCUCGUGGCCAUCGAUGCCCACAACAGGUCCCACAAGGGCCCUGGUGGUGACCAUGGCCACGGGCAUGGACACGACCACGGGCACGGGCACGACCACGACCACGGGCACGGGCAUGGGCAUGGGCCUGGCCAGCGUCACUGA